UUAAAUGAUACGGAGUAACUGUAUUACGAUUAUUGCGCGCAUGGAUGGCGGGGCAUUCAACCUUUAAGUGCGCAUUGCCAGUUGGGUGGGCCAAGCCUCCUGAGGUUUCGUUACUCGUUUCUCUGUCAUGACCGUCGAAUCAAAUCGGCCGCCGCUCACCGGCGAUCCAGUAGUCGGCUACCCAAUUAACCAUCCGCCGCCACCUCCCGGAGCCGCCGCCUUCUUCGAUGGCGCUCCUCCGCCAUCCCUCCGCCACGACAAGAACUUCAACCCUCACUCACAGCAGCUGGACUUCCAAAAUUUGGACUGCGUCGGUAAGGCAAAAUUGGUCUGUAGCGUCAUUUCAUUCGCGCUUUGCUUCCUCCUUAUUCCCGCGAGUAUAGUGGGCUUAGGUAUUGCCACCAGGCCGUACUCGCCCCAAUUCCGGGCCGAUUCGCUGUCCGUCUCCGAUUUCAACAUCUCGGAUAAUAACCUCGUCGCGGGGAAUUGGGAUCUCCGAUUCACAGUCCGGAACCGUAAUCGGGAGCUUGACGUCGACUACGAGCACAUCUGCGCCGAGAUCCUCUACGAUUCGGCGCCGCUCGCGCAGGCCAUAGUGAGGCCGUUCUAUCUGGGGCCGAAGGACGAGACUUCCUCGGAGGCGAGAUUCGCCGCCGACGGAACCGUCGUCAAGGACUGGAUUGUGGAAAGGGUGAACAGGGAGAAGCCUUACAUCGAGUUCAAUGUCAGGUUUACGGCUAGGAUUUCGCAUCCGAUGAGAACGUGGAGGCCCUCGGGCGUUGAGGCGUACUGUGGGAAUUUGAAGGUUAGGGUUGAUGGCGGCCAUGGCUCUUCUGGAGAUCUCUCCGGAGGGCCUAAACUGUGCCGCGUCGAUGAACGAUGAUUGACGACGGUGCUUUCUCUUCAUCUCUGCAGCCACUGUUGUCUCUGCCUCCGGUGGUCCGUCUCCUCCUCCCAGCUUCCUUCGUCUCUGCCGUCGUGGUCACUGUCCUCGCCUCUGCCCCCUGGUUCGUGUCCUCGUCUUCCGAUUGUCAUUCACAGCAACCCAUCUCUACAAUUGCAUGCCUCCUCUUUGCCGCUGGUGGUCCGCCAAUAAGUUUGUGUGCAAUGGCGUUAUGAUCCUUG